AUGUCAGUAACUAUUUACUUCAUAACAAAUUGCAUUACAAAGAUAUUGGACAAACGAGUUUCGACGUCAAACUCUGCCGCGCAAUGUGGUUUAUUUCGUUACUCCGGUCUAAUGAACCCAUAUGGAAACAUUAUUGAGGGGAUUGGAAAUGAAUUACUUUUUGUCAUCACUUGUAUGGGAACGAUUUUGUUUCUUAUUGCGGCUUGGAUCUCUACAAGGGUUAACUGGGAGUUGAUGCCUGUUAGAAUAACCUUGCUCCGCCAUCCUCACAGAAACCAUGAUACUGAAACAGAAACGACAAAUGCACCAGGAACUGUAGAACCUGAAAACAUCGACUCAUCGGGUAAUAUUUUCUCAGAAACUUCGGGUUCUAGUUCCGAGGAUGAAAUCGAUUCCGAUACAUGCAUUCACAAACGUUCAUCUGUUCAGACUUCAAUCACUUCAAAUGAUCAAAGAAAUUCAUCUUCAUCCGAUGAGGAAUCGAAAACGAGUAGAACAAAAGAAAAAGGACAAAUUAAUUCUACAUCUUGUUUUAAUGGACAUUUAGUCAUAAAAUUGCAAUAUCUUAAUGAAGAAUCACGUUUUGUACAUGCAUCUCCCACUAUGUCUGUUAAUCGUUUUAAGAAGAAGCACUUUGUAGAUGAAUUAAUCAAUCAGAAAAAGAACGUCAGGCUUAUCUUUCAAGGCCGAGAGUUACUGGAUGUUUUACAAAAUGAAGCAAAUUUUCAUAGUAGUGGAAGACCAAAACGUCAAAGAUUAUGUGACUAUGGUAUAACUGAUGGCUCAACAAUUCACUGUCUUGUUACAACUCCUGUUGUAUCAUCACCUACCAGGUCAUCCUCGGUAAACGAUUCCGGAAACACAGGACGUAAUUUCGCUUUCCCAAGUUCUUCCAGCGAUUCAAUGUUAACUGAGUUUGAUAUAGGUACUAGGCUUAUGAAACCACUUUUCGCUUUCCUCCUACUUUUCACUUGGUUUUUUAGGAUUGUCUAUAGACAAUAUUUUAAUUCAGUGUCUACGUUUGCUUUAGUAACAUUAACAGUGUUCUUUUGUGGAGCCGUAUUUACUGCUACUCUUGUGAAUGCUGUCUCGACAAUAGCUUCAUUAUUUGGUUUUCCAAGCAGUAAUGAACUGUCAAAUCAACAAUCAGAAAAUCCAACCAACCAACCUAACUCACCCGAUGUACAAGUUUUAACUGUAACUAUGGUUGCACGUCGUAUUCCACCUCAAACACCUAUAAACCAAACAAACAGUACUUCAUUUUUUCUGGGGGAAUCAGCCCAUAGUCAUCAAAUUAUUGUUGAUGAGCCCAAUAAUGAUUCUCAAGCAAGAACAGACUAACUGCUGAGAUAUCUUUACCUGUGUUUAUUUUAUUUUAUCAUUGUAUUCUUUGGUUCACUUUAGAUGUUUGUUAUAAGUUACUAAAUGUGUAUUUCUCUCCUGCUUUUUAAGCAGAAGUUGCCAUUCUUGUACAUAUGAUUCAGUUUGUCCUGAUUUCCUACUUAAUUAGAUGCAUUCAAUCGAUAGACCUUAAUACUUAUUUGUUUAUACAAUAAGUGCAGAGUGAAACUUAGUUCACCUUAUGCAAUAAGUCAUGUUAUACUAUGUUCUAAAGUUUAGUAAUAAUGUUUAAAACUUAUGGUUGGUAUUUUAUGCGAAAAUGAUUUAGGACCUUCCGAACUAAACAAACCGCUUAAAGUGACUCAUUUUGGAUAUGAAACUUGCGUAUUGUACUGUAAGUUUUAGAUUACUGAUUAUAAAAGUUUGCGAAGUCAUCUUUUUGAUGAAAACUUGUACCAAAAAGUAACGGUGAGAUAAAACAUUCGGAGGCGGGAAUAAUUGUCUUUCUAGAAAAACAAAUAUUUUAUGUUCUCUAGACUCUGAAAUCUAUGUGAAUUGCAUAGAUGACAUAACUUCGCAGUUAACUGAGGAAGGUAUAUUUCAGUGACUCAGUAAAUUCACCGACUGAUUUCUGUGUUACAUAAAAUUUAGAUUGGUUGGCUUGCCCAAAUUUGACCAUGACCUUAUCUCCUGUUUCUGAGCUUCUAUUCUCAGAUCACUAAGAUAUUUGUUAUACUAUAUAUGACGAUUAUUUUCACUCGUUGAAUAAGGAUGUGAAGCCUUAUGUCCUUUAUUCACUACAGUUAUAAGAAAAGGCUUGAGAACUAGUGUAUCCUUUCGGGGUUUGUAUGACUAUAAAAAUAACCUUGCGAUUUAAGUCUUUUGAGGUAUAUUGACAUCAGAACCCAUAUUUCUUUUGUUCAGCCUUGAAGAGCGGAUAGUUAUGCAGGAGUUACAUUUGUCGGAUCUAAAAUACUGUUAAGAUAAUACCUUUAGGCGUUAAAUUUUCUGCUGGCUUGCAAUUUCAAAUAAUUAUCCCUUGUUAGUCACUCAGACCGAGACUAAUUAGAUACUUUGUGGUAGACUAGCUUGUAUUCCUCUGUUUUUUGCCUUGGGAUAUCUCAGACAAGUCGAUUUUGUGUGUAAAUUUCCCCUUAAUUAGGGUUUAAUACCAGGCUGUAAGUUAAACCUUUGGUAAAUGAGUGUUAUUCUACACUGAAGAUUGAAGCUAACCGAAACAUAAAGGAAUUAAAGGUGGAAAUAAUUAAUAUGAUAAUGAAAAAUAUGUCCAAACAGUCCGAAGGAUCCACCUGUAUUGCUCGAUAUAUCUACCCCUACCAUCAGUACCUUAAAGUCACAAUUAUCACUUGGAAUUUAAAAAUCGAAAGGGUAGUGAGUUUUUUCAUACUGCACUGAAAACUGCAAAGCAGGAACCAACGAAAUGCACACUGUUUAAAUCUGUCAGCGGGUUGUAUAAAUUUUCUGUUAUAUCUAACAGGAAUUCUUUUGGACGUUAUGGCCAUUAUGAGUAGAGGAUAUUCCUACUUUGCUGGUAUUGGGUCAUAGGUGUCCACGAAAUAUUACUCAUGUAUCUUGGGACCAGGAAGUAAGCAGUGCCUGAGUCAAGAAUAGAGUACUAGGUGAAGAUGAAGAAUCGAUUGAUAAGAUAGUAAAUCUUGAUCAAUUGAUGUAGUUGGGAUAUGUGUUAUGCAUGACCAACCACUGCCUUCCUCAACGGGCGAUGUCUUUAGGUGCAGAGGCAGACUGAACUUAGCCAUGUUAAUAGAUGUAGACUAUCUCGUUGGGGUCCACGUGAUUAUCGUUACCAAUGGUUAGAAACUGAAUGACAUGGCUCAAAAUUGUUUGCAAUGGCGCAAGUGCAUUCACUUUCUGUCUUCCGCCACAUCCUGAAAUUUUAAAUUGCUCAUAACUUCUAUUUUUAUUUCACUAGUUUGUUUUUUCUUCUCUAACCAUAUCUUUGAUGCUUAACUUUUUAAAUUACCACCGAAACUGUUAUUAUUUCUACUAUCUUGGGGUUUCCCCUGACAUCUCUGUGCUAAUGGGGUAUAACAACAUGAAGCAGUGUACAUAAGUGCAGAUUCUACGUUAUGACUAUGUAGUUUAUUUAUUUUUCUUCAUUCCAUUGUAAACGAUUUGUCUGUUGACUGUUUGGAAUCUAUUCAUUAUUACACUUUGUUCUGUAGUAAUAACUUCUAUUGUCUAUAUUUCCAAGUUCUGACCUACUUUGAAUGUUGAAACAUUAGUUUAUCGUACCAUACUCUCUUCGUUGUUGUUACCAAUAAAUCUCUUACUAAAUUCCUAAUAAUACUUGUAAACUAUUAGUUGUUCAGUUACAGAUUCUUCUGUUCUAAUGUAUUGAUUGGGAGGCUUUUGCUUAUGUGAAGUUGCUAAAUGUUACGGGAAUUCUUUACCAACUUACUACUUUUUUAUUCAUCUCUUAGCAUCGAACAUUUUCUGUAAUAUAUAUCUGUAUUCAUGCAUUACAUCUUACUCAUAAUAUAUACAAGAGUUUGUUGGC